AUGAAAGAGUUUCAAGGAUCUCAAACUAGGCACCAUGUGGCAGCUUGUGAACUUUGUAAUGGAGAUCAUCAGACUGGUUUUUGUCCUCCCCCCGAAGGUGAAGAAGUGAAUUAUGUGAAUAAUGCAAACCAAGGCUAUCAAAGUACACCUCCACCUCACAACAACCAUUAUCAAAGACACAAUCAAGGGUAUCAACCAUCAAGAUUCAAAAAUUACAAUUACCCUCAACAAAGUCCUUAUCAAAGUCCAAAUCCACAACAUCAACAAUCUCAAGGUGGAAGCUCAAACUUGGAAGACACUCUCACACAAUUUAUGCAAGCAUCCAUGGCUAAUCAAAAAAGCAAUGAAGCUGCCAUCAAGAAUUUGGAGAACCAAGUGGGCCAACUUGCAAAGCAAUUGUCCGAACAACAACCGGGAUCUUCUUUUUCCGCCAACACUCAAACAAAUCCAAGGGAGCAUUGCAAAGCCAUUGUGACAAGAAGUGGUAAAGAUAUAAAUGGUGGAAUAGAUGGAGGUGUUAUAGUGGAAGAUGAUGAGGAAAUAAUAGUUGAAAACCAAGAGGGUGAGGUGGUAGUUGAAGAUGAGGGAGAAAAGAGUGAGGAGAAAGUGGAGGAAGAAUUAGUUGAAAAAGAGCGGAAAGAAAAAGAAGGAAGAGAGAAAAAUGACAAAAAAGUGAAGAGGAAUAAAAAGAGAAAUGAGAAUAAAAAGAAGUACACGGAUGAAGAGACAGUUGUGCUUGAUGCUCAUUGUAGUGCAAUUAUUCAAAAAACUCCCCCAAGAAAGGAAGCCGAUCCGGGACGAGUCAUUUUACCGAUCACCAUUGGAGGUAACUACAUUAGUAAUGGUUUGGUUGAUUUGGGGUCUAGCAUCAAUUUAAUACCUUUAUCCGUUGUCAAGAGAUUGGGGAACAUCGAAAUGAAACACACCAGGAUAACUUUGCAACUAGCCGAUAAGUCUAUCAUUUCACCAUAUGGAGUUGUACAAGACAUGCUGGUAAAAGUGGACAAAUUUUUGUUCCCGGUUGAUUUUGUGGUAGUCGACAUGGAGGAGGAUCGUGAUGUGCCAUUAAUACUUGGAAGACCAUUCAUGAAGACCACCCGAAUGAUGAUUGAUAUCGAUGAUGGGAUUAUGAAAGUGAGGGUGCAAGAUAAAGAGGUAAUUUUUAGCCUUUUUGAGUCUAUGAAGCCUCCUAAGGAUGAACAUGACAACUUCCGAAUCGAUGAUGAAAAAGGAGAAAUCAUUGAGGUGGAGAAUCAAUUUCACAAGGACAAGGACAAGGCAAAUCAUGAGGGAAAGACUUAUCACAAAAACUUUGAAGUUGGUCAAAUGGUGCUUGUGUGCAAUUCAAGACACAAGGUGUUUCCUAGCAAGUUAAAGUCAAAGUGGUCGGGGCCAUUUGUUGUGAAAGAGGUGCGAAAUUAUGGAUCCAUUAUGGUGGAGGACCCUAAAACACAAGAAAGCUGGACUGUAAAGGAACAAAGACUAAAAGGCUACCACGAUGGAUAA